UCUUCCUUUUCCCUUGUCAGGAUUUGUGCGCGAUCUUCAUCGUGUUUUGACACACCGAAGAAUACUUUUCACUUCAAAACACUUUGCAUUAAAGGAUCAUGGUAGACAGUUUAAUACUUUCUUUUAGACUUCUCAGUUCCCUAGCAGUGCUGGGAUUUCAGCUUGUGAUCCCACAGCCUUCAAUUGAACACAGAAAGGUUCCCCAGAGGAUAGAGGAGCAGAGAGAUGCAUUUGAAGAUAGCAGUGCAGGCAUCCCAGGUAUGUGGGGAAGUUGGGGCCCCUGGUCUGCCUGCUCCCGGAGCUGCAGUGGUGGUGUGAUGGAGCAAAUGCGGCCCUGCCUCCCAGCCUAUUACCACGAAAGAGGCUACCAAAGGCCAGGGCGACAGUACCCAGCCUCAGAGAGAACUCUUGCUCGUCAGAAUCCGCGCCAUCGUGAAGACUCACUGAUUGCUUAUUCUGGCCAUGUCAUUUCUGCCAUCCGUACAUCUGUGCCACUUCACAGAAAUGAGGAGCAGCUUUGGGCUGGCCUUCGGGCUCCUGUUUCUUUCGGAGGCCAUAAUAACAGCCAUAUGAGCAGAGGAGCAUUAAGAGGCAGCCGACAUUCUCAGUCCCAGAGGCAUAACACCAAGCCAGAAAAGAGAAGCAGAAACAGAAAUCCUAUUGGCCCAGGAAAGUAUGGCUAUGGAAAAGUGCCGUAUAUUUUACCUUUGCAAACGAAUACUGGUCAGCAUCCUCAGAAACUUCGGAGGCAGCGACAGUCAUCAAGGAACCAUGUAUUUCAUCAGAACCCGAGUCUCGGGAACAUUUACAGCCAGGCAGCUAAUCCUUCAGUUCAACAUGGGAAUCUUUAUCAAGAAGAAAGUGGACCUCAGGCUGGACAUCAAGUCAUAGGACCCUCAGUUUAUCAGUCAACUUCGUUUCCUGUAUCUCAAAGUUUGUUUCAUAGUAGCGACUCAAACCAUCAUGGGUCUGCAUCACGCCAGGUGGUCCAGCCUCAGCCUCAAAGAGCUGCAGCUAUUGUGUGCAUUGGUGCCUACAAGCAAUAUAAACUCUGCAACACAAAUUUGUGUCCUGAAAGCAGCAGAAAUAUCAGAGAGGUGCAAUGUGCAUCAUACAAUAACAAACCAUUUAUGGGUCGAUUUUAUGAGUGGGAACCUUUUGCGGAAGUGAAGGGAAGUCAGAAGUGUGAGCUGAAUUGCCGUGCAAUAGGCUACCGAUUCUAUGUGAGACAAGCAGAAAAAGUGAUAGAUGGAACACCGUGUGACCAAAAUGGAACUUCAAUCUGUGUGGCAGGGCAGUGCAAGAGCAUUGGCUGUGAUGACUAUCUGGGUUCAGACAAGGUGGUUGACAAGUGUGGAAUAUGUGGAGGGGACAACACUGCUUGCAAAGUUGUGUCUGGAGUCUUCAAACACACGCUAACAAAUCUUGGCUAUCACAAGAUAGUGGAAAUUCCUGAAGGAGCUACUAAAAUCAACAUUACAGAGAUGUCAAAGAGCAAUAACUAUUUGGCGCUGCGGAGCCGAUCGGGACGGUCCAUCAUCAAUGGAAACUGGGCAAUUGAUCGACCUGGGAGAUACGAAGGUGGUGGGACGAUGUUCACGUAUAAACGCCCAAAUGAAAUCUCCAGCACGGCAGGAGAGUCAUUUUUAGCUGAUGGCCCAACAAAUGAAGUCCUUGAUGUCUACAUGAUACACCAGCAGCCUAACCCAGGUAUACAUUAUGAGUAUAUCAUUCCAGGAGACAAUGUCAUUAGUCCUCAGUUGCUUGCUCACAGGAGGCCAGGGGAGCCCUUGAAUGGUCAGUUAGAAAUUCCAGAAAGUACAAAUCAUGAGGAUGAGGAUUUGCAUAGGGAGACAGACACUCUCACUGGACAGUCAGCUGGAAGUUUUCCAGUUAUUCAGCCAGGAAGAUUUUCUUCUCAUCAGCCAGAAAACCAGGUGCCUGCUGUGCAGCCACCAAGACAAAACCGGGAAUACAACUGGAAACAGAUUGGAAAAACUGAGUGCACCACUACGUGUGGGAGAGGGUCACAGUACCCAGUUUUCCAUUGCGUCAACAGAAUCACUCAUGAGGAGGUUCCUGAUGGUUACUGUGACAGCGGCACCAAGCCUGUUCCAGAAGAGGAGGCCUGCAACCUCUUCCCAUGUCCAGCUUUCUGGGAUAUAGGGGAGUGGUCUGAGUGCAGCAAAACAUGUGGUCUUGGUAUGCAGCAUCGGCAAAUCUUGUGUCGGCAGAUGUAUGCCAAUCGUACCUUGACCGUUCAGCAGUACCGCUGCCAUCACCUGGAGAAACCAGAGACAACCAGCACUUGCCAGCUGAAGAUCUGUAGUGAAUGGCAGAUUCGGUCAGAGUGGACUUCAUGUUCAGUACCUUGUGGAGUGGGGCAGAGGACUCGAGAUGUGAAAUGUGUCAGCAACCUUGGAGACAUUGUUGAUGAUGAGGAAUGUAACAUGAAGCUACGGCCAAAUGACAUUGAGAACUGCGACAUGGGUCCUUGUGCAAAGAGCUGGUUCCUUACAGAAUGGAGUGACAGGUGUUCUGCAGAAUGUGGGGACGGAGUCCGUACGCGCUCAGUGGUCUGUAUGACCAACCACGUCAGCAGCCUGCCUCUGGAGGGCUGUGGGAACAACAGACCCUCGGAAACCGCUCCCUGCAAUAACGGCCCCUGUGCUGGUAAAGUGGAGUGGUUUGCUGGGAGCUGGACACAGUGUUCUAUUGAAUGUGGCAGUGGAACUCAACAGAGAGAAGUUAUUUGUGUUAGAAAAACUGAAGGUAAUUUUGAUGUUUUGAACCCCUAUGAAUGUUCAUAUUUGGAAAGACCUCCUAGUCAGCAGUCCUGCUACCUCAAACCCUGCGGUGCUAAGUGGUUUCAUACAGAAUGGAGCACAUGUUCCAAAUCCUGUGAAGGAGGAUUUCGAGUUCGAGAGGUGCGAUGUCUGUCGGAUGACAUGACAGCCAGUACUCAGUGCGAUCCACAGCUUAAACCUGAAGAAAAAGAGCCAUGUAACACACAAGAUUGUAUCCCAGAAAUAGAUGAGAACUGCAAAGAUAAAUACUACAACUGCAACGUGGUUGUUCAGGCCCGGCUCUGUGUCUACACCUAUUACAAAACAGCCUGUUGUGCAUCCUGUACACGUGUGGCAAAUCGACAGUCAGGGUUUCUAGGACGCAGAUAACAAAUACUCUAUUACUCAAAGCAGCAAUAUCAGUCUUCACAUGGAGCUUAAACAGUAUUACUGUUUUGACCACAGCAAGUUCUUUCUUCAUAAAGAGAUGUUUUUGAUAUUGCUGAGCACAUCAAGACUAUGGUUAAAUCUCACACCCUUUCAGUUACACUUAAAGUGCAGUUACAUAUUUUUUAAAAUGUUUGCUGUAAAACCAUGAUCUUUUUAAAGAAUUAAUUUUAAGGGUACUAUUCUUUGCACCUGUUCAUCAGAUAGUCAGUUAAAGAACAUACCAGCCUUACUAUUGAAAAGUUAACGAAAAGCAAAUCAGUCACAGGCAAUUCUUGGAGAUACUUGAGCAGUAUGGAUGCAGCUGCUGCAUUAUUUCCUGAGUGCUUACUCUUGCUUGGUAUUUUGGACUGACUUAAAUUAGAACAAAUUAAUGAAACACACACAUCAGAAGAAUUAUUUCACAAAAGCCAGUCCCUUGAAGACCAUUCAUGAUAAGUUUCUUAGCACCCUAAUGUAUAUUUUUAACUUCUUCAGUCCGUGCAUAAUAAAUUAGAGUUACUGUUAAGCUCUCUCAGUUGUACUUUUAACUAACUUCCUGUCCUCUAGCAGCAAAUAUAUACAUAGUAGACUGCCAAGAAGUGCCUUCAUAUUUAAUUCAUAAACUCUUGAAGUUACACUUUUCUAAUUUUGUAUGGAUUUUAAAAGCAAUAUAUUACCCACCACAGUGCCACUAGUGUCAAGACCUUUAAGGCUUUAGCAACUGCUGCUGUCAUGAAAUUGAGAUUUAAUGGUGAGGAGUCUUUGCUGGUAUAAUAAAAAGUGAUUGCUUCCAUCAGCAAAAUCUAUUUCCUCUAGGAUAGUUAUUUCAGAGAGCUGGUAUCUGGCCUAAUAUCUUGUCUCUGCACAUUUGCUUAACUACCGUACUGAAGUAAUGUAUCCAGUGACUGGAUAUGUCACCCGUUUCAGAAGCAGCUGCCGAAAGAUGUAGGCCUCAGUGUUUUAUAACAGUCUGCUACUCUUAGGAGGAAGUAAGUGUGAGUGUGCUAGCUGAGCAUCUAUAAUAAGGAGAUCUUAACUGUAGAAACUACUUUUCAGGUUUGGAAAGAUUAUUACACCGUACUUGUCUUUGGAGUCAGUGUUUCAUCCAGCAGAUUUAUUCAUAUCACCUCUUUUAUACUACUCAAGAAUGGCUGGACUUAGACCUAAAUUUGGGUGGUGAUUUUUCAUUUCUGCAAUUACUAUACUCAGUCUUCAGCUUUGCUAAAGGUAAACAGAAUGUGCUAUGCAGUGUAGAUGAAAGUUGUUGUAUUACCUGCACAUUCUGUAACCUUCGCGUGUGAGGUCUUCCCAAUGUGUGAAUAAGGCUGAGGAAGAAAUUAAUACCUCUGCUUGUUCAAUUGUUUAUUACAGCAUAUUGCUUUUAAAUUAAAUUACAUUAGUAAACUAUGCAUCUGUUUCCAAGGUGCCUGCUGUCUCAAUUCAAAAACAGUUUUGAUAAUGUGUAUUAAGCCACUCCCAGUGGUGGGAUAAUACGGAGAUUACGGUUUCCUGCUAGUGAUUCAGAGGCAUAUUUGAGCCUCAUGUUGGAUUAGUAACAAAGCCCAUCCCGAGUGAUCAAGCUAUGUAUCUGUUUUUAUUUCCUUUUCGUUAUUUGGGUGGAGGAGAUGAGGAAGGGGAAUAAGACAGUGGGAGGCAAAGGUUGCUAGAUGUGAUACUAGUCGCAUCACUUUGUGUACUGAAAGCUACAAGCACAGCAAGGUGGAACUCUUCUAGUCCAACAGCUGCCUUGGCUUGAGACAAACCUUGGAUUUUUUUGAUUCUGUCAUUUGUGUAGAAUAUAAUGAAACAAGUAUUUCCUCUGAAAUUUGGAGUUGCUGUUUGUGAUUAAAAUCAUUAAAUGUCUUUGGCUGUUUCUGUACACCUUGAUUUGGGCUUUUUCACUGUAAUUAAUAGAUAAAAACGAAGAAGGCGUUUCUGUUUGAAAUGCUGCUUAGAGAACUUUUCAUUUGAGGUCAUGUAGCUUUCUCAGUUUUAUUCCAUUGUAUCAUGAAGAUAACAGAGAGAUUUGUAAUCAUAUUGUAUAUCAUAGAUUCUUGACCAAAGUGUGAUAAGCAGAAAGCGCAGCAUAAAAAACUGUUGAAUCCAAUAUUUGUAAAUACGUAUUUUCAUGUGCAUGUCUCGUUGCAGCAAAUCUUGACACACAGUAUAUAAUUUUUACUGUUGUCUCUUUUGUCUCAAGGAAAUGUAUCCUGUCAGCUUGAGGGAAAUAUCUGUUCCAUAAAAAGACUUGCUGAAACCCAUACGGAGAAUGAAAUACAGAGAAAUAACCAGGUUUGCAAACAAUUCCUAAAGAAUUAUCUGCCUGCACACACUUUUCACUGUGAGGCAGCAGCAAAUAUGCAGGCUACCCUGGUCUUUUCUAAAAUUUGUUAUUUUGCUCUAGAAUAAAUAGCCAUUGGGAUAUUUUACAAGGAUUGUGUUCCUGUAGGCUGCAUUAAGCUGCCCCUGAAGUAAAUAGAGCUCAUGGAAGCUAAAUGUCAAAUAUAUGCAUACAUGUAGCAAUAUAACCUUGUAGUACUUCUAAGGUGUAUAGCUUUGUGAUUUGAAUGCGACAUACAAAUUGUUCCAGUAAAAGGUUUUGAAAGAUUAUGGCCAGUUUUCAGAUAUACCAGUUAAACUGUUUAAUCAUCUGAUGAUAAGGAAGCUGCCGGACUUUUACUGAACUUAGUCGUUUAUCGCCUCAUGUAUUAGUGUAACCAAAAUAGUUGUUCCUGCAAUAUGAACUAAUCAACCCUUCUUUCAGCACUUUGAUGUGGGAGAACUACCUACCCAAGUGCUAUGCUAGUAUUUCACUGUCACACAAACUGCACUUUUGAAAUUGUGACCAUAGCAAGUGUUUAUUUUAAUAAACCAGUGUUAGCAUGAUGUUUACAGAGGGCCUGAUUUUACUUUCAUGAUCUGAUUGCAAAUCAAAGGUGGCAUUAAUGAAUCCAUUGGCGUUAGAUCGGGUGUAAAACCACUAAAAGCAAGAACUGAUUCUGAAUUUGAAAGUUACCUUUCCUUUUCUGGUAUUUUAACACCAAUCAAAGUCCCUUAGGUGGAAAAAAACACUGUUCUUGCCUUAAAGAUUUUCAGUUUAUAUGAUCCAGUCAGACCAGAGUAAGCAUAGAUCUGCUGUUGUAGAUCUUCGAUUUACAAAGUCCUCUAAAUCUAACUCCUUAUGGGGGAAAAACAGCAUGCAGCUUUCAUGUCUUGCAGAGUAUGAGUGAUAAAGCCACAUUGGCCAAAAUCAAUUCUGUCUAGAACCAGCUCUGUGUCUCAAGCGCUUUCCUCUUGGAAUUGAGGACUCCAGUGCAGGUGUUCGUUAUGUUAUCAAGGGUCUAGCACACUUGGUGCCUCUAACUUCUUCUGUAGGAGCCUUUUUUGUGUAUUUGGCAGAAUUUCUGAACACUGAAAGUAAACUUCCUUAGUUCCUAACAUAGUUUACAGAAUAUGUUUGUGGGUGCUACAUUAGCUUCUGUGUAGAAAAUGGAAUAAAACAAUUUGUAAAUACCAGAAAUGAAAAAUCAUCCACCAAUAUAAUUUUUUGUGUGUUUUUAAGAAAACUUUACAUCAUUAAUAGAAAUAGUAUGGGUGAAAUUCCGACCUGGUGAAAGAGAUAAAAUUUCAUACAAGAGAACUUGCACCAGGCCUGAACUUGGCUCUUUUGCCUCUCAGCUUUCAGUAGCUGCAAAUUGUUAAGAAUGUGUUACAGAUCUUUUAUAUUCCCGUGUAUUUUUAGUGUAUUAGAAGACAGAACUGCUGCUGUGGAGAGGAAGGGAGCUUAGUUAUUUCCUUUGGGGAAUUAGUAAUUUCCCUGUGACAGCCUGUCAGUGCUGCUUGCUGUUUUGUCCAUGCUAUAUUUGGGUCUCUUGAGACCUAGUCCUGCAGUGGCCUUAGCAGGGGGUGAGUAUAAAUGAGCUUUUGAAGCCCAUUGAAGUCACUCAGGCUCCAGAUAGAGAGUCUAGGACUGGAGCCUUAACUGUGUGGAUUAUUAAACGUGCCUUGUGAGCUACAAAAAAACACCCCCUUUUUUAUGUGUGUAACACUAUUUUUGCUUGACCCUAACCUAGUAAUUGAUUUUGGCAGAAGAAUAUACUUUAUGAUAACUUAUUUUGUUGUUAUUUGUAAAUACAAGAUGUCUAUGGGAAAUAUGUAUUCUGAGCUGUGUCUAUGGAACAAGCCACUGCACAAAAAUAUUUCAAAUAUUUAGAAUAGGCAGAUUUUUAUGAAAAGGGACCUAAUAUGUAUUUAUUUACAUAUACCAUUCACAUUUUGUCCAGCUCUUUCAUCAUACUAAUCUAGCUUUUAAUUGAAUUUUAUAGCACAGAUAUUACAUAUAUAUUUAUGUAUAUAUGUCAUGCUGUAAAUCCAUAAUACAAGUUUAUAAACUUACUGAUUAGCCAGUUCAUUGAAUGAGUUAAAGGGGGAAUAUAGAUGAAUUGCUUUCUGACUCGUUCAGGAAUAUGUAUCCAUGGCCGUGCACCUGAACCAGAACUGUACAGCAUCCUUUUCAUAUUGUAUACAUUUUCUCUUUGAUGAAAAAUGUUAACUAUUUUUGUUUAUGACUAAUUUAUUUUUAUUAUUGUGGAAAAUAAAGUAAUUAAAGAUGAA